AUGGCAAUUAUAGAAAUUAAAAAUAUCCAAGAAUUUGAAAAAUAUAAAAAUAAUUUAAACUUAUUUUUAAUUAUCACAGGAGAAAAAGAUGACAUGAGAUCUAUUACCAAAGAUAUUUUAGCAUCAGAGAAAGAAUAUGAAAAUGUUUUAUUUUUAAUUUUUGAUGUUAAAAAGUGCAAAGAUAUUCAAAUAUGUCAAACAGUAUCUUCAACACCCACUUUUAUUAUUUCUUCAAAUGGUAAUGAGUUGGAAAGGUACUCAGGAGUUAAUAUUGAUAGCAUAUUGUCAUUGGUAAAGAAAAUUAGUGAUUACAAAGUUAUAAGAUAA